AUGACAGAUAUUGAACAACAUAUCACCUUAACCGAUCGCUCGGUUCCAAUGACGAAUAUCGCCGUGGAAGAUACUCAGGCGCUAUCAUCCCAAAGUUUACCUUGUGCUGAAUACGAAGAACUCGCAGUGGUGAUCGCAAUUUCUGCCGGCGAAUUCUCUCGCCGCAAGCUCAAGAAAUAUAUCUUCUCCCGAAUUGAAGAUUCUACUGAGACCCAGUUCUCAUAA